GUUGACUUACACAAAGAACGAACUUGUAGCCAGGGAGUGCCAGAUAAAAGAAUUGAACAGAGAAAUUCUUGAACUAAAGAGAGAAAACUCUGAACUACACGGGAGGUAAAUGUUUUGCGUUUUUUGCGUGCCGUGAUUAUUUAACAACAUGUGCUGUGGAGAGAGUUCUCCACAUCUGGAAAGUCAACGAAAAUAGUGAGUACGGUAAACCUGCAAAGAUAAUGUUGCAUUUUCGAAUUUUAUUUGACGUAGCGUGAACGAAUCAAGGACCGAACGUAAAUCUCAAAUAAGGAAUUCCUAAAGGAAUAAACACCUGUAUACUUAGGACUUCCGGUAUAUGAACUCAACCUUUUUCCGGUUUAACCUCAUUUCUAGACUCCAGAAAAAGAUCUUCGAGGCUGUGGCGGAGCCGGAACCUGUUCGCCUGGUGACUAAACCCUAUGUCGAUGGUAUUGUACCUUACCAUUCCCGCUCUGCCAAGCUCGUUGAAAGAUUUGCUGAACUUUAUAAGAACGACAGGAUACAAGUAAUAAAUUCCUUGAGGGGCAUGUCUGAUAACUCAACAGCUGAACGAUUUGUUUUUUCAAUCGUCGAGGUAAGAAAUAAACAAGAUGACACUAAAAAGAGCUCUAAAAACAGUUUCCACAGAUAUGUCUUGUGUUGAACUACUGCGGCAGGUCCUAAAAAGUCUUAUCAGACCCGUUUAGACGGAGAACUUCGUUUCAACCGGACGACCCCUAACACGGGAAAAUUCCCUCAGCCAAAUAAAUCAUUUUCGAUGCCUCGGGUUUAAUAGCCAGACAUGCGCAGCGGAAAAGAGUUUCGUGUUAGAGAUUGCCAAAGUAAAGGGAAAAAAUUCUCCAGCGUCCCUAAAGUCAACCACCAGAAUAUAAUCGGACGAUAAAGAAUUAGAAUUGGGUUUGUAAAAAGAGUUAAAAUUCGAUAAUAACAUCUGAACCGAAUGUUGUACCAUUUGUGCAGGAGUGCUUUACAGUCAGCAAACUAGAACAGCACAGGAUGAGAACCCGGAUGAACCAGGCUUUACAAACCGGCCCGAAGGGUGAUCCGAAGGAGUCGGACAAAAUCAACGAGCUAGUAGAUAAUUACAUGAAAAAGAAUACAGAACUGUACGACAUUGAGACGCUAAUUCCGGUGAGUGAAAAUUCCUUAUCAGAACCAUGUAUUUCCUUUGUUUUCACUUAGAUCCAAGGCUGACUGAAAACACGAAUGAGAGUUCCUUUUGAUUUGUCUUUCCUCUUACCAGGACGUGAUAAAAUCGUUAUAUCGCAACUCAACAAUCGCACCUUACGUCUCGUGCAAUGAGAAAAAUAUCGUUCCUUUCGUCCGUGAGGUUCUACGAGUGGCCUGGGCCAUGAUAUCCCUGGAUCCUCCCAUUGACCUCCCCGCAGCGUUGGAAGGUGACGUCAUUAAUGACACGCUACAGAAGAACGUACGACUCUGAGUUCAGUGCCACAACUAUCGAUUACUUUGUGUGGCCGGCUUUAAUCAGGGAGAGGAAGGUUGUUGCCAAGGGAGAGGUAGUAACUAGGCGAAUAUCACCACAGAAGACAAAAAAGGUAUGUAGAGAAUUUCUGAAAAUGCCUUUUUAUUAUUUACUUUCAAUUUUCAGAAUUUCAUUUCAUGGAUAUACAGUGGACAAGAAAUCCAGGCUUCCGUCCUUGUAUGGGUGUAAAUGUUUCUAACGUGAUACAAUAAGGAGAGAGAGAAUGGUUCAUGACCCAAAGAACCAUUUUUUUCACAAGUCUUUCACCUUUUUUUUUUGUUUAAAUUACCAAAAAGACUUAGGUUGGCACAAGUAAGUUCAUAAAUGAGAGCUACAAAUAUCGAGAUCCUUUUUGUAAUAUGGUAUCCUAACAAUAUAAAAUGAACAAAAAAUAAAUCUCUUAGUGUUAUAAUGAACUGAAGUCGUUUGCCUUGUUUCAAUUCUGCUCGUUCUUGAUCCACUUCUCAGGCCAUAACGAGCACCCCUCGCCCAGGAAGCACAGAGCCUUAUUCUCGUCCAUCAAGUUAUGACCUCGGCUUUGGUUCCAUGUCAUCAUCUUGGAGCGGUGAGUAAAAUGAAAAAAAUAAGGCUGAGGGUGCGCAGCAUGCUUAGUUCUUAAACCAAAAUGAGUUGGUUAUCCCUGCACUUUUUGAAACUGAACUUGCAUCAAAGAAGUUGUGUUUGCUGAAUACGUGGUGGAAUACAGAGAGAAAGAGAGAGAACAAAACUUCAUUUACCAGAUAUCUGACUCAAAUGGUUUCACCCAAUUUCAGAAGAAAUUUUUAUUUACAGAAACUAUCUUGCUAAUAGCUGCUUGAAUGAAAAAGCAUUCCUGAUUUUUUACAAUUUAAAACAAACAAACAAACAAAACACAUUUAGUAAUAAUUCCUAGAUAGAUGCAAGCUGAUUUUCUUAAGCUACAAGCCAGAUGAGGAGUAAUGUAUCCCAUCAUUUCACUCUCUUCAGAUCAUUCCAGCUACAAGCACAGGUUCAGCACAUAGUCAUGUUCUGAGGGAUGUAAAGGUACCAGUCUGUUUUACUGUAUAACUUGAAACAAAAAUGUGUUGUGACUUGAUCUAUGGUUCACCCUGUUAUAUUUAAAUGUGCUAAGUAUAUUAUUAAGUGAAAUCACUUGCUGUGGUCAAGCCCCUUUUUACAAUGGUUCUGUUGAUGAAAGCCAGGUCAAAAUAUUUUAAUGUUUUAGAGCUUGAAAUUUUCUUAUUUUGAAUGUUUCUUCAUACUUUGAAGCUUGUAAGCUUCAUUCAUGAAACUGUUGCACUAACUGCCUCAAGUAUCAUAAUAACAAACUAAAAUGCAAACUUUUUUCUCUACUAAUCAUUUUCUCUCAUUUUGUCCUUUUUAGGGAGCAUUUAAGAUAGUAAUACUCUCCAUAUUGACUGGCUAUUUAGCUCAGUGAUGGACUUAUGAAUGAAAACAUGCAAUGC